AAACACUUUUCCAUUCCCAGGGAGAUUUCCAAAGUUACCAAUAGGAAUUGAACCAGAUUACUUAUGCUAACAGCAUAAGAUUUAUGACUAGCACCUGGUGCAGAGCAUUGGAAAAUUUUAACUGGGAAGUUCAGACCUUUCCUUAUUUUAGCUGUCAAAUAACAAAAUAAACUUUUUUUUUUUUUUUUUUUUUUUUUUUUUUAAGUAAGUGGUUUGAUGUUUUGUUUCUUUGCUUUUUAGUUUUGCCAGACUACUGACCAAACAAGGAUCUGAAUUUUUAUAGCACAGCUCUGAUUUCUUUGGCCAUCAUCAUCACUUAUCCUACAUUAGAUCUAAUCAGAAAAUGGGUCUUCACUUCAAUUAAAAUUCCAAUGGCUUGAUAUUUCUUUUAGACACCAGAAAUAACUAAAAAUGAAAAUGCUAUAUAACCUCAUGAAAAUAAAAAGUUUUAAAAUAUUUUGACUCAAGUAGUGCCAAAAUGAGAAAGCCAAAAGUUUUCUAUAGAAAUAAAGGCAGACAUUGAGCAAUUCAAAAGUAGCAGAGUACAGAGAAAGUAUGUUUGAAAAAGUGCAUUUCUUGCUUGCUUUCUCCACUUAAAUCAGAGGAGCACAAAUGUUAAGUUAAUGAUGCAUAAUGUAGACCUAGGUCCACUAAGAUGCAGCUCAGAACAUUUGUAAGUGGAUAAUAACAGCAGCAAAACAGCUUGCGAUUGCUUAAGUGUUCGAAUCUUUGACAGAAUAAAUCAAUUCUGCAGUGAAUACUUUGGUAUUAGAAAGUCCUGCCUUUGGCACACUAGGUCAUUUUAAAUGGUGUGUUUUCAAAUGUGUACCUAAAUGACCUUAUGCUAAGUUGUUCUUCUAGUGCAUUACAAGAAAAUAAAAGGGAAUGAAGGGAAAUGAGCACAUCACAGUCACGUGCUGAAGGAACUUGAGGGUGAAGCCCUAUGUCUAUUCCCAGUGCAGGUCCCCAGCCUACACUGUGUUGCAGUGGAGACCCCUGUGGGUGCACACACACGUACAUAUAUAUAUAUAUAUAAAGUUGUCUCAGCCUUCAAGAAAUUUACAGCGUGUGUAACAGUGACAUUCAGUGUCCUGGACAAACCACCAGAAUUCGAGAUGAAUCACCAGAUGUAGAGAAAACGACCUUCCCGUCAGGACAUUCUAAUUUCAUGGUAAUGAGAUUAGAGUAAUGCUAGCAACAGGUUUCUAAGAGGACAGGAGGAAUGGAGUUUCACUUCCAACAGCCAGUGCCAGCUACUUUUUUGAGUCUGAACACCUGAAGAUUUCCCAGUGGAAUGUAAGAGAUGCAGGCAUGAGGACUGGCAUCACCCUGGCGGCUGGUUACCUGUCCCCAUCUCCGGGGGAGCUGCUGGGGGCAGCAGAGCAAGGAGAGCCGGUGCUGCCAGGUGUGUGCUCGCCACCAAGCCACAAGCAGCAAUUUCCGACAGAUUGCAUCUCACGAGGACACGUGCAGGGAAGCAGUUGCUGUUUCAUCUUUGUUAACAGGAGCUCUGCUUCUGAUAUCAUGCCUGCGCAUCUCUACACCUUUUAUGUUUCUGAAGGAAGUACUCUUGAUUUAUCAUCCUCCAGAUCAAAUCCUGGCUGUGUGGGUUGGUGACCUUACACAGCAGAAAUGAAGAGGAAGAAGAUGCAGCAGCCUGCCUGCAGGUUUGUGCCCUAAACCAGCUGUAUGCCAAGCUCAGUCCCAGUGGCAGGGCACAUUGCAGAAGCACUAAAGCAAAAGACUCUGCAAAUGACGUUGCCUGGAGAGGAAGGGAAGAAGAAAAGAAGGGAUUUCUGCCUGUGCUACUUCUGACCCUUUUGCUCCUGCUCUCCCCCUGCCCUGCACAGCAGCAGGCUGAGCUGCAGUAGGUGUCUCCAUGGAUGUCAGCAGCACCCCGAAACUUCUGUCCUCAUUUUCACAUUGCGUUUCACUUUUUACACUGUGCUCUGCACCAUAGGGGACCAAGAAGGGGACAAUGCCAGGCACAAAUCCGGGAGAAAUCUGAAGACAGAAAUCUUCAGAUGCUCUCUGGAGGCAGAAACUCUAGAAGGCAGAGAAAGAUGCUGCAAUUUAGUAAAGACGCUUCACCCCACAAAGCUAUUGUGCUGGGUACACAGAAGGAAGGAGGAGGAGACAGGGAAGAUAAGGGCACAUCCACUCUGUAUUUUGCUGCUCUGCUAGAAUCUGCAAAUGUCACACUCUCCCAUCGUCUAUCUGUGGGGCUGCAAUCCAUCUCAGGAUAAGCUAGGAAGAGUUACACUAUUGGCUAUUUCAUAUGCAGUGUGUCAUCUGGCAGGCUGUAUAUAUCACAGGGAAAGCAGGGACCACUCAGUCUCUGAGCAAAGCUGCUUCCAGUGAAUAGCUCACAGAUACUCUGAGGAUGGAAAUAAAUGGAAAAGGCUUCCCUUGCUUUUUUAGCUCUGACAAGCUCUGAAAACUGCUGGGAAAAAGACCUGAUUGGUGAAGGACUAUGUGGAAAAGCAUUAUAGCAGUUUUCCAAGGAGAAGUUGUGGGAGAGGAGCAGAACAGUGUCCAGAGGAAAAUAUUCACUAGGAUUUCUUCCUAGGUGCAGAAAGAAAGUGUUUGGGGAUCUUUGAUAUUUCAGCAUCUGCACCAGCUCCUGUGUCAGGACAUAUGGGACUGGAAAAGAAGAACAGCAGCUGGAGCAUCCCUGGAGUUAAGCUGACGUGUUAUCAGCACGGGAAAAAGGACCCAUUUAUCAGCUCUUCUAUGUAGUUUGCAACUAUGGGGCAUAUUUUUAAAAUGCAAGGGUGUGUGUUCACCCCUGCAACCGCUGACUUUAGCACCUGAGCUCCCCAGAAGGAGGGAGGGCAGAGAAACGUGCAGCCUGCCCCAUUCUCUCCAGGGUGCCAGGGACACAGGCAGCACUGGAGCUUUGCUUCCCAAGCCAUGAGCAGACACACGUGGUUCCCUUUGCAGUAUAUCUCCAAGCCCUUCUGGAGAGCAGAGAAUCACACCACCAGCUUCUUCUCCACACUGUACGGCUUCCCAAACCAAUCCUUCUUUCACAGUGAUCUGGACCUGGAGGACCUGGGGGACUUUGGCAGUGGGACCAGAUAUGAGGGCGAGUCCCAGAGCCGGACGGUGAAGGCUCUGCUGAUAGUAGCCUACUCAGUGAUCAUCUGCAUCUCCCUCUUUGGAAAUACGCUGGUGUGCCACGUGGUUAUCAAGAACAAAAGGAUGCACUCAGCCACCAGCCUUUUCAUUGUCAACCUGGCUGUUGCCGAUGUGAUGAUCACCAUCCUCAACACGCCCUUCACGCUGGUGCGGUUUGUAAGCAGUACCUGGGUUUUUGGAAAGCUGAUGUGUCACGUAAGCCGAUUUGUUCAGUACUGCUCCGUUCAUGUGUCUGUCUUGACUCUUGCUGCCAUUGCUCUGGAUCGGCAUCAGGUUAUCAUGCACCCUCUCAAGCCGCGCAUGUCCAUGGUGAAAGGAGGGAUUUGCAUCAUUAUCAUAUGGGUUUUGGCCAGCUGCUUCUCAUUGCCUCAUGCCAUUUAUCAGACCUUGACAAGAUUUUAUAUCGGGAACAGAACAAUACGAAUGGUCUGCCUACCCAGCUUCCCUCCUCCUGCUGACCUUUUCUGGAAGUAUUUGGACUUGACUACUUUUGUUCUCUUGUAUGUCCUGCCCUUGCUUGUGAUCUCCAUCACAUACACCAUGGUAGCUAAGAAGCUUUGGCUGAGGAAUGCCAUUGGGGACAUCACGAUGGAGCAAUACUAUGCACAUCAGAGGAAAAAGAAGAUGACACUGAAGAUGCUGAUGGUGGUCGUGAUUGUGUUUGCUGUGUGCUGGUUCCCUCUGAACUGCUAUGUGGUGUUGAUCUCCUGUAGGGCUAUCCACAGCAGCAAUGCUCUGUACUUUGCUUUUCACUGGUUUGCCAUGAGCAGCACCUGCUACAAUCCCUUCAUUUACUGUUGGCUGAAUGAGAGCUUCAGAUCUGAGUUGAAGUCUUUGCUGUGCGUGUGCCGGCGAAGGAGUGCAGCCCAGAGCCAUGCUCUGCAGUCCAUCUCCCCUCCGUUCAGGCAUGCCUGGGUUGAGAACUGCCAUUACAAGAGAGGCAGCGCCUGCCAGAAAACAAGAGCAACCUCCCAGAGGAACUCUGCAAAGACAGACAUAUCCAGUGUCCAGCCAAUCAUGGCAGAGAACUAAACCCUUGAUCUGAUGGCCAGGCAGCAUUCUGUUAUAAUUGCAAAGUCACAGGGAAAAAAUGUAUUGGAAAGGGCUGCUGGAGAUCAUCUAGUCCAACCUUCCUCCCAAAACAAGCUAACUUCAAAGUUCAGUUGGGUUGACUGGGACCUUGUCCAGUCAGGUUUUCUGGUGAUUAACUGCUCAUAUGUGGGUUCCAGAAUGAAGUGUGUAGUGUGAACUUUUCAUCUAAACAGUCAGCAAAAAUUAAGAAAAUUCUUCAGUAGCACACCAAAUCUUUCAUAGCCUGAGCAAAUGAAGAGAACCUAUAGACAUGAACAAUGCAUACUGUUUUAAAAUAGGUGGUUUUUAUACAUAUAGAAACACUGCAUCGAUUCCACCCUUUUGUUUAUUUGUAAUUUAUUUAAGAUUAAUAGUAUCUGUAGCCAUUCGCAAAUUUCCACCCACAACAUCUUAGCUGUUUACUCUGCUGUUAUACAAAUUACUCAGCUCUGCUCAUCUGAUUCAUUGUGACCCAGAAGUGUUUAUGCCAGUACCAUGUGCAGAUGUGCUUCCUGGUGAAGGAAGAAACAUCUCAAAAAUCACGAGAACACAACUUAGAAACAGGACAGCAAAAAAGUUACUCCAUUCUUCUUUCAAUUGUUUCUUUUGUUCUGUAAAAAUUACUCCUAGUCACCACAAAACAUUGUUUAAACUGCAGUG